GGCGGCCGCUGCCAUGCCCUGCUACAUCCACCAGCUGCCCGCCUGGGUGCUGGACGACCUGUGCCGCAACAUGGACACGCUCAACGAGUGGGACUGGAUGCAGUUCGCCUCCUACGUGAUCCCUGACCUGACGCAGCUGCGGAAGAUCAAGUCGCUGGAGCGGGUGCAGGGCGUGAGCAUCACCCGGGAACUGCUGUGGUGGUGGAGCAUGCGCCAGGCCACCGUGCAGCAGCUCGUGGACCUCCUGCGCCGGCUGCAGCUCUACCGCGCCGCCCAGAUCCUGCUGGACUGGAAACCGGCUCUGGAAACUGGAUCGUCCAGCCCACCCUCCCUUGACCCUGUGCUGUCGGGAAGGCCCGAGACAAUCACAGAAGAGGAGCAGCCCGUGGGACUGGCCAGCCAGCCAAGCACAGGGUCCCCGUCAGCUGGAGCCCAGCAGACCUUCUUUCCACUACUCUCUAAAGAGGACUCCUCGGAUUCUAAGCAGGAACCGUUGUUCCUGGCUGGAGACAGCCUUUUCUGGAGAGAGGCGGAUGUGGUCCAGGCGACCAAGAACUUCAGCCUAAGCCACCGCAUCAGCCAGGGGACCUUUGCCGAGGUCUACCGAGGAGAGAGGCACGGGAAGCAGUAUGUCUUCAAGACCAUCAGAGAGGGGGCCUGCUCAAGUCCGGGAUCGAUCGAAAGAUUCUUCCAGGCGGAGAUGGAGAUGUGUUGUAGGUGCUGCCACCCCAGCGUCUUGCCUCUGCUGGGCUUCUGCAGGGGAAGAUGGUUUCACAGCUUGGUUUACCCCUACAUGGCCCAUGGCUCUCUACAGGACAGACUGCACGGUCAGGGUGGCUCGGACCCCCUCAGCUGGCCACAGCGCGUCGGCAUCUGCUCGGGGCUGCUCCAGGCUGCCCAGUACCUGCACAGCCUGGGCAUCAUCCACUGCAACAUCAAGAGCUCCAAUGUUCUGCUGGACCAAAACUUCGCCCCCAAGCUGGCUCAUCCAGUGGCCUGCCUGAGUCCUGUCAACAAAAAGUCAGAAUACACCGUGAUGCGGACGCACCUCUUCCAGGCUUCGGCCGCGUAUCUGCCCGAGGACUUCAUCCGCGUGGGGCAGCCGACGAAGCGCGUGGACGUCUUCGGCUGUGGGAUAGUGCUGGCCGAGGUGCUCACUGGCAUCCCCGCCAUGGACAGCAGCCGGAGCCCGGCUUACCUGAAGGACUUACUUCUGCGCGAGAUUCCAAGCAGCACCACGUCGCCCUGCUCCAGGAAGACAGCCGUGGAGGUGGAGGUGGUGAGGCAGAUUUGUGGGAAGUACCUGGACAGGCGGGCAGGGAGGCCGCCUGCUGGCUGCAUGGAAGCCCUGGCUGCCGCCUGCCUCUGCUUACGGAGGCGCAACGCCAGCCUGGACGAGGUGCGAGAGUCGGUGGCCGCCAUGGAGGAGCAGCUGCGCCCCGAAGGCGGGGACGCUGCCUCUAACACCCCAGAGGAGACGGACGACGUGGAUAACUCCAGCCUCGAGGCCUCCUACGUGAGGACCACCCCCUUCCCGGAGGCCGCGGCCUCGGCUCUUCCUGUAGACAGUGAGGAAGGAAGGCCACAGGCCACCGGGCCCGCGGAGCCUGCCUCCUCCUCCGUGGCCAGCGCGCACCCAGGGCUUCACCGGGACGCUGCGGAGACCUCGUGGAAGAUCGAGAUCAACGAGGCCAAAAGGAAGCUGAUGGAGGACAUCCUGCUCUACAAGGCCAAGAAGCUGAACAGCGUGGAGCUUUUCGGCCCCUUGUGACGGGGUCGCGGCAAGGACCCCUGGGCCUCGCCUGAUGGAAGAUCGUCCGAUCAACAGAGGGGGCUGGGGGCAGAGCCCGAGAUCCGCCGGGACACAUUGCACCGCACGUCGGCUUUCCUGAGAGUGAACUCGGGGACGAGACCUCAGCCUUCAGAGACACAAGGCCCUGCGGCGUCCGCUUCUUCCCUCUCGCAGUCGGAGUGGUCAUCAGAGGCGAAGGGGUGUCAGCCCCGGGCGUGGGGGUCCUGUGACGGCCCUUGCCCCAGCAGGUGCUGUCACCCGGUAGCUCUCUCUCUGUGGCAGCCGGUGCGGCAGCUCUGCAUUGCCAGAUCUGAGUCGUGGUUGCCAACAAGCCCCUGCCAGCUUCCGCGCCCUGGAGGAGCGUCAGUGUGUGUCCAGGUGCUGCUCCGUCCCGGAGUCACAAAUGCCAGACACCUGCCCCUCGGCUCCGCAGACUCUGCCCUUGCCCUUGGAGGUCCUGCAGCCUGCGUGUGCUGAUUGAGCCCCCGCCCAGCCCCUCUGUCCGUGCGUUACCCGGACGCCACUGUGUGGCGUGGAGCUUCUCCUUGGAGAAUGUUUGUUAUUUAUGCUGGAUGAUUGAGAGAAUUAGUUGCGCUAGUUUCAUGUCCGAUUGUGCUGCUAACUAGGACAACCAGGUAGUUUUCUGGAACCUCAGUAGAGGUCACAGCUGCUCCCCCCCUGCUCUGGCUUGCUGGGAGGAACAGGUGAGUAGUGGGUGCAGAAGCACGUUGAUGACGCACCUGUCCUGCGUUGUAAGCUAGAGAAAAAGGCAUUGCAUGUACAUUUCAGCCAUUCAUUUGGUGUUUAUAUAGGGAGUAUAUUUUUGGAAAGUCAGGUUGUAAAUCUUUGUGAAGCAUCUUAAUUUACCAGGGAAAAUGUCCUAUUUAAAAUAAUUCUACAGUGCCUUUUUUUUUUUUUUUUAAAUAAAGAAAUGUUUGUAAAGUCAG